UCUUUUGGUGAUGUCAGUGACUCUUGCAACCAGUUCGCUUUGUUACUUUCUGAUACUGUCACAUUGUUGAAACUGUUAUUAGUUUGGCUAUCAUCUCUGAGUAACGCGUGUCUGGGUCAGUGGAGCUCUUUAAACAGAUGAGAUCAUUAUACUUUUAUUUAACGGAAGGAUCUUGGCAAGGUAUUGAGCAAACAGGAUGAAGUUAACAACAUGCAUGGAUGGAUCCAGAGCAUCUUUAAAUCAAGAGUAUCUUUAUCAGCACAACAUGAACAAGAGGCAAAUCUGACAAAAAAAUCUGUGUCUUCUGUCGGCAGUGAAUUAUCCACACUUUCAUUCAAAUCACAAUGCUGUACUUUGUCAUCCUUGUCAUUGGGGACAACCCCUUCAAAACCUCAACAGCCACGGUCUGCUCCAAGUUCCCGACGAUGGAGUCGAAAGUAUGAUGUGUUUGUGUGCCACAGCUCUUUGCAAUGUGACAUUGAGGAGGCUUUCCGCCUGGUCUCCUUCCUGGAGGUUUCUCCCCACAGUCUAAGGUGCUUUCUCAUGCAGAGAGACGCCUGUCCAGGAGGUGCAAUGGCCACAGAGUUUUGCCAGGCGGUGCAGAACAGCCACUUGAGGGCUCUGCUUAUCACUCCAGACUUCUUGCAGGAUGAAUGGUGCAAGUAUAUGAUGCAUCAGGCUCUAGCUGAGGGGCCUAUGUCUAAUCGGAUCAUCCCCCUGCUUCUGAACCUGUCCCGCUCUCAGUGUCCUCAGGAAGUGAGGUUCUACUACCAAAUUGACCUGAGCGAGAACCCUGAACGAGGUUAUACCCUCGUCAACAAGUCUGUGCUCAAUUACCUGGAAAACCUGGAUAGAAAUGAGAAGAAACUGGAUUAUGGACAUCUCUAGCAUUAGUGCAAUAAGCAACCCAAACAAAAGAGAAGCUGAAACUCAACGAUAGGACCGUGCUGGGACACCAACUGAGAGUGAUAUAGAAGAAAGAUGAUUUAUAAAAUGAUGAUUUAUCAGAUUAUAAAUAAUGAUCACUUAGCUAAAGUGCAUGGCUCUUAAAGGAAAACACUGCUGCUAUUGAACAAAGUCAACUUCAGUGACCCUAAUAGCACAUCAGAAAAGGAAGUUGGUCUGAGGCUUUUGCUCAUAUUUUUGAAUAACCAACCGUGUGUGUGUGUGUGUGUGUGUGUGCGUGUGUGUGUUUGUGUGUGACGGAUGUUCAUACAAUGAACAGGAAACUGUUGAUUCCAAGCAGAACUAGGGCUUACUUCCUUUUCAGAUCCGGAGAACUAUUACAUACGCUAACAGCCGUGUGCAAUAA